AUGUCAACUAAACCAACUAAGCCACAGCUCACCAGUAAGUGCUCCACUAUCGAGCAGAGCUCACCAGUAAGUGCUCCAGAGCUCACCAGUAAAUGCUCCACUAUCAAGCAGAGCUCACCAGUAAGUGCUCCAGAGCGAGCCAGUAAAUGCUCCAUUAUCGAGCAGAGCUCACCAGUAAGUGCUCCAGAGCGAGCCAGUAAAUGCUCCAUUAUCGAGCAGAGCUCACCAGUAAGUGCUCCAGAGCGAGCCAGUAAAUGCUCCAUUAUCGAGCAGAGCUCACCAGUAAGUGCUCCAGAGCGAGCCAGUAAAUGCUCCAUUAUCGAGCAGAGCUCACCAGUAAGUGCUCCAGAGCGAGCCAGUAAAUGCUCCAUUAUCGAGCCAGUAGGUGCUCCACCUCGCUCUGCGCGCUAG